CUUCCAUCAAAGUGCGUUACCCCCAACGGAUUACAAUUCUGAGGGGAAAUCAUGAGAGUCGUCAGAUUACUCAAGUGUAUGGCUUUUAUGAUGAAUGUCUAAGGAAAUAUGGCACUGCAAAUGUUUGGAAAACUUUCACUGAUCUAUUUGAUUAUUUUCCAUUAACAGCAUUGGUCGAAUCUGAAAUUUUCUGUCUCCAUGGUGGGUUGUCUCCGGCAAUUGAAACCCUGGAUAACAUACGUAACUUUGACCGUGUUCAAGAAGUCCCCCAUGAAGGUCCCAUGUGUGAUCUAUUGUGGUCCGACCCCGAUGAUCGAUGUGGUUGGGGCAUUUCUCCAAGAGGUGCUGGGUAUACCUUUGGCCAAGACAUAUCGGAGCAAUUUAACCGUAAAAACAAUUUGAAGCUUAUUGCCAGGGCUCAUCAGCUGGUCAUGGAAGGAUUCAAUUGGGGUCAUGAACAAAACGUUGUUACUAUAUUUAGUGCACCUAAUUAUUGCUAUCGAUGUGGAAACAUGGCUUCCAUCUUGGAAGUUGAUGACUGCAAGGGUCAUACAUUCAUUCAGUUUGAGCCAGCUCCGAGGAGAGGAGAGCCCGAUGUAACCCGCAGACACCUGAAUACUUCCUGUAAAGGGAAGCGCCACCGAGUUGAUGAGCUUCUGCAUCUGGUGGCCAGUGCUCCGCAGUGGGGUUUUCUGAGAACUCUUUUCAAAAUUUAAGAUAAAGAUUGGUUGUCCGCAAUGGUGGUUGUUUGGUCGCAGCAAGCCUGCUUGGGCCGAUGAGGCUCUGUUUCCUUCAAUUAUGGUUCUACAAAGAGGAGGUCGAAGAGCUGAGUCCAACACUGGAGGCGCACGCACCAUUUCUGGCAGACAAUGUGAGAUUUUUAUUUAUUUUCCUUGGAAAACUUUAAUUUUUGUUUCCUUUUCAUCGGUAGAAUAAUGUCCAUUUGAGUGUUAAGGAUCUGUAGAAGGA